AUGGAGGAGAAGGGGGGGGGGGGGGGGCUGGUGCUGCAGAUCCCCUCCCCCCACUGCUGCACCCGCAGCAGGGGGAGGUCCCCUCCCCCCACUGCCGCAUCCGCAGCAGGGGGAUGGCAGAUCGCUUCCCCCCCACUGCUGCACCCGCAGCAGGGGGAGGGCACCGGGGCCGCGGUUAGGGGCGGCAGGGCGCGAGGGGCCAUGGCUAAGGGCGACGGGGCCAUGGCUAGGGACGGGGCUGGGCGCUGGGCAGGUACGGGGCCGGGUGCUGGGCUAGGGACGGGGCCGGGUGCUGGGCAGGUACGGGGCCGGGCGUUGGGCAGGUACGGGGCCGGACGCUGGGCAGGUACGGGGCCGGGCGCUGGGCAGGUACGGGGCCGGGCACUGGGCAGGAACGGGGCCGGGCGCUGGGGAGGUACGGGGCCGGGCGCUGGGCAGGUACGGGGCCGGGCGCUGGGCAGGGACGGGGCCGGGCGCUGGGCAGGUAAGGGGCCGGGCGCUGGGCAGGUACGGGGCCGGGCGCUGGGCAGGUACGUGGCCGGGCGCUGGGCAGGUACGGGGCUGGGCGCUGGGCAGGUAAGGGGCCGGGCGCUGGUCAGGUACGGGGCCGGGCGCUGGGCAGGUACGGGGCCGGGCGCUGGGCAGGUACGGGGCCGGGCGCUGGGCAGGUAUGGGGCCGGGCGCUGGGUAGGUUCGGGGCCGGGCGCUGGGCAGGUACGGGGCCGGGCGCUGGGCAGGUACGGGGCCGGGCGCUGGGCAGGUACCGGGCCGGGCGCUGGGCAGGUACGGGGCCGGGCGCUGGGCAGGUACGGGGCCGGGCGCUGGGCAGGUUCGGGGCCAGGCGCUGGGCAGGUACGGGGCCGGGCUCUGGGCAGGUACAGGGCCGGGCUCUGGGCAGGUACGGGGCCGGGCGCUGGGCAGGUACGGGGCCGGUCGCUGGGCAGGUACGGGGCUGGGCGCUGGGCAGGCACGGGGCCGGGCGCUGGGCAGGUACCGGGACGGGCUCUGGGCAGGUAUGGGGCAGGGCGCUGGGCAGGUACAGGGCCGGGCGCUGGGCAGGUACGGGGCCGGGCGCUGGUCAGGUACGGGGCCGGGCGCUGGGCAGGUACGGGGCCGGGCGCUGGGCAGGUACGGGGCCGGGCGCUGGGCAGGUACGGGGCCGGGCGCUGGGUAGGUUCGGGGCCGGGCGCUGGGCAGGUACGGGGCCGGGCGCUGGGCAGGUACGGGGCCGGGCGCUGGGCAGGUACCGUGCCGGGCGCUGGGCAGGUACGGGGCCGGGCGCUGGGCAGGUACGGGGCCGGGCGCUGGGCAGGUUCGGGGCCAGGCGCUGGGCAGGUACGGGGCCGGGCUCUGGGCAGGUACAGGGCCGGGCGCUGGGCAGGUACGGGGCCGGGCGCUGGGCAGGUACGGGGCCGGUCGCUGGGCAGGUACGGGGCUGGGCGCUGGGCAGGCACGGGGCCGGGCGCUGGGCAGGUACCGGGCCGGGCUCUGGGCAGGUAUGGGGCAGGGCGCUGGGCAGGUACAGGGCCGGGCGCUGGGCAGGUACGGGGCCGACCGCUGGGCAGGUACAGGGCCGGGCGCUGGGCAGGUACAGGGCCGGGCGUUGGGCAGGUUAGGGGCCGGGCGCUGGGCAGGUACGGGGCCGGGCGCUGGGCAGGAACGGGGCCGGGCACGGGCUAG